AGGGGUGCUCUGUGGGCUUGGAGGCUGCAGGCACCUUCCACGGGACUCUGUGAGCCCUGAUAAAAUAUUCAUCAGCCAGCAGCCGCACGGGGUGCAGACGGGGGCCGCUCCCACCCAGCCUGCAGCCUGAGUUCUGCUGAGUCACCGGGGAGCCCAGUGAGCCACCUGCCCUCGAGCUCCUGGGCCCCCUCUGCCCUUUGGCCAUGCGAACGCCUCCUAAUGUGUAAGCCAUUAGGGCAUCCAUCGAGCUUCGUGCUGAGAAGGGCUUCAGAGCUGGUUCCCAGGAGGGUGUGGAGCCCAGCCAGGGGUGCAGGGCGGAGGAGGACAGUGGGCCGGGAUCCCGCCUGUGCCCACCCUGGCAGCGUCCCUCCUCCUGAGUCCUCUCAGCGCCCAGCAAGGUUGAAGUUCAUGAGUUCGCCCAGCCUCAGUGACCUGGGCAAGAGAGAGCCGGCCGCCGCGGCGGACGAGCGGGGCACGCAGCAGCGCCGGGCCUGCGCCAACGCCACCUGGAACAGCAUCCACAACGGGGUGAUCGCCGUCUUCCAGCGCAAGGGGCUGCCCGACCAGGAGCUCUUCACCCUCAACGAGGGCGUCCGGCAGCUGCUGAAGACAGAGUUGGGGUCCUUCUUCACGGAGUACCUGCAGAACCAGCUGCUGACAAAAGGCAUGGUGAUCCUUCGGGACAAGAUCCGCUUCUACGAGGGACAGAAGCUGCUGGACUCGCUGGCAGAGACCUGGGACUUCUUCUUCAGUGACGUGCUGCCCAUGCUGCAGGCCAUCUUCUAUCCAGUGCAGGGCAAGGAGCCGUCAGUGCGUCAGCUGGCCUUGCUGCACUUCCGGAACGCCAUCACCCUCAGCGUGAAGCUAGAGGACGCGCUGGCCCGGGCCCACGCCCGCGUGCCCCCCGCCAUCGUGCAGAUGCUGCUGGUGCUGCAGGGGGUGCACGAGUCCAGGGGAGUGACCGAAGACUACCUGCACCUGGAGACGCUGGUCCAGAAGGUGGUAUCGCCAUACCUGGGCACGUACGGCCUCCACUCCAGCGAAGGGCCCUUCACCCACUCCUGCAUCCUGGAAAAGCGCCUGCUGUGCCGCUCCCGCUCGGGGGACGCGCUGGCCAAGAACCCGGUGGUGCGUUCCAAGAGCUACAACACGCCGCUGCUGAACCCGGUGCAGGAGCACGAGGCGGAGGGCGCGGCGGCCGUUGGCACCGGCGUCCGCAGGCACUCCGUGUCCGAGAUGACGUCCUGCCCCGAGCCCCAGGGCUUCUCCGACCUGCCCGGCCAGGGCCCCGCCGGAGCCUACAGGUCCUCCCCCGUGCCCCACUCAGGGCCAUGCCCCAGCAGACUGCACCCCACGACCCAGCCCCCCGAGCAGGGCCCGGAUCCCACCCGCAGCCCGCUGCCCGGCUCCAGCCCCGAGAACCUGGUGGACCAGAUCCUGGAGUCCGUGGACUCCGAUUCCGAAGGGAUUUUUAUUGACUUUGGCCGGGGCCGGGGGUCCGCCACGUCCGGCUUGGGGGGCCCCGGGGGCCGGCAGAGCGUCGUGUGAGGCCUCACGGCCGGCCUGGAGUUUUUACUGACACAGCCCCUUGGGGGGGGGUGUCCACGUGGUGUGUGUGCGCGUGGGACUUUUUUACUCUGUCCGGCCCCUCCAGCCGCCGGCCUGGCCGCGGUGACCUCGUACUCCUGUCUGUGUUAGGAAUCCCGUCAGCCUCCCUUGCUCGGCCCAGGUCUGUGUCAGGCAUGUGAGUCAGUGUUACCUGGGGACCCGGGUCCGGGACGGGGUCGGCCCCUCACUCCUGUGCUCCCCCUGCCCCGGCCCUCUGUGUCCACACCCGCCUACCCACGAGGGACCCCGGACCCCGGACUGACCAGACUCCAGCACACCUGCCUUCUCCUGCCUGGGGUGGCCAUGGGGAUGGAGAGGGGCGGAAUAAAACCUGUGACCC